UUGCCUAGUAAUGGUAUGACAUGCCCUUGUACUCUUUCAGAAAGUGAAUGGAGUUCUUGAAAGUCCCACUGGCACUGGUAAAACGCUCUGUCUGCUGUGUUCAGCGCUGGGGUGGAGAGAGCACUUCAAAGACACCAUCUCUGCCCGCAAGAUAGCAGAGAGAAUGGGAGGUGCGGAGCUCUUCCCCGACAGACCGAUGUCAUCAUGGGGAACAGCAGCCACCGACGGAGACACUCCAACUUAUUACACAGACAUCCCCAAGAUCAUAUAUGCAUCCAGGACCCAUUCACAGCUAACACAAGUCAUCAGUGAACUGAAGAACACAUCAUACAGGCCAAAGAUGUGUGUUUUGGGAUCAAGAGAACAGCUCUGCAUAAACCAGGAAGUGAUGCGUCAUGAAAGUAACCACGUUAAGGUUCACAUGUGCAGAGCAAAAGUAUCGUCUCGCUCCUGUGUCUUUUACAACAAUGUUGAUGAGAAAAGCACUGACAAAGAAAUCAUGAAUUCUAUUCUGGAUGUGGAAGAUCUUGUAAAAACAGGCAAAAAACAAAGAGUGUGUCCAUACUACCUGUCACGCACACUGAAACAACACGCUGAUGUCAUCUUCAUGCCAUACAACUACCUGCUUGACCCAAAG